AUGGAUAUUUUUUGUAAAAAUUGUGGUGAAGCAACCAAAUUUAAUAUAUGCCCUAAGUGUUAUAACGCAUAUACUCAACCUUCAGAUAAAUAUAUUAGUCAUUCAUUCGAUACUUCACUGAAUUCCUUUGACAUUCCAAAGUCAGUUCAAAUUCUAGAUCUUGCAGGUACUUCUUUAUCAAAAAUAGACUGGAAAAAUCACGAUGAUUUGAAGAUUUUAAGAUUAUCAAAUUGCGAAAAGUUAGAAUCAAUUUCACUAUUGAAUUUCCGUGGCCUUAAAUGCCUCGAUCUUUCUAAUUGUCCAAAACUAACAAAAAUUUCACUUGAAAGCACAUACAAUAUUCGUACAAUUGACUUAUCCAACUGUAUCAGCUUAAAGAAGUUCGAUUGCGAUAUGCUUGCUGUCGAAUACAUGUCUAUCGCAAACACACAGAUCAAUGAAUUAGGUUAUUACCCAAUAAUUACAUACUUAGAUUUUUCAAACACAAAAAUCACAGAUAUUUCAGCACUUUCAUCAUUUUCAAUGCUAGAAAACGUUAAAUUCAACAAUGUACCUAUUCAAUCUUGCGAUUUAGGACCUUUAACAUAUAUUCCAAAAUUAUCCGCAAUUGAAACAAAUAUUCCCGAAGUUACCUUUUCUUCUGUUUCUCCUUCAACUCUACUCGUAUCUCUCUACUUGAAGGAUUGCAAAUCAGUUACAAAAGCUCCAAAACUUCGCAAUUUUAGUUUAAUUUCACCAAAAGGAAAGUUUGGAAGAGAAUUCAAGGUACCAAUAUCAUCAGGAGAUUGGACAUCACCUUAUAGACUUAUUUUUGGCCCUUAUCCAUCGCCUCCUAACGAAAAAAUCGAAAUUGAUGUUCAAAAUAUCCAAAAAAUGCAACAUCCUGAGUUUGAUGGAACAGUCGCCGCAAACCAGAUUUCAGGAUUGUUCUAUGGAGCCAUUUUUGGAGAGAUUUUCGGAAGAAAUAUAAAUGGAUUAACAAAAGAGUACAUUACCUUUAUUUUAGAUAACCCAAUUGAUAUAACAUGGGCUAGAAUGGUAUCUAUGACAGGAGAAAAGUCUGUAAAAGAUUCUUUCUCUGAUGAUUUCAAGAAGAAUUUAAUUAAUCUCGCAAAAUUCGCAGUUACAGGCGAAAUUGAGAAGGUUGAGAAUGACUUCGAUGCUCUAUUAUCAUCCACAUUAGUUGCAAGCUAUUUAUUCUGGGAUGAAGAGAAAUUGAUCGAAAAAAUCAAAAUAAUUUUAGGGAAAUCCGAGUUUCCAGAAGAAAUCAAGUUUUCAUGCAUAUUAAUUGCAUUGUUGAUUGCUAAUCUUCUUCAACAACGCCUUAAACUCGCAGAAAAUAUCAAAAUUGAUGAGAUUUUCGAAAAAACGCUAAAAUUUGCUGACAUUGCCGACAAAAGCAUUUACGAGACAUGCAUCUCCAUCACCAAACUCUCAGAACUCAAGAAUGUCAGUGAAAAACUCACUCCUGCCGCUGCAGCUGUUUUUUCAAUACGAAAAGGUUAUAGUUGGUCAGAGGGUUUCUCUAAAGUUAUCUACAGAGGAGGCAAUACUUUGACUAAUAGCAUUGUUACAGGUGCCGUUUUAGGCGCAAGAUGGGGUUACAACAAUAUUCCUAUCGAUUUAAUUCACUUUUUGUAUAGGAGGAACUUCCUCGACCAAACCGUUUCUUGCGUUUUUGGAUCUUUAGAUAUCUCCCGCAAGGAACUUAACUGGGAUGAACUCCCCGGCAUUAAAUGGGAACCAGAAGAAGAUACUAUCCCUGAUCCGUUUGCUUACCAGAAAAUGGAAUAA